AUGGGGGCAAAUCCCAACUCAAGAUCCACCACCACCGGUUCAUCUUCUUCGCAAUUUCUCAGCCCCAUUAUCGACGACGACGAUUUUCAAGACUACCCUUCCACUUCCUUCUCCGCCGCCUCCAGAACCAGCUCACUUCCGCCGCGGCUCAAACCGCGCAGCUCAACCACCCUCCGCCAAUCCAAAAGGCCGAAAAGGGGGAAACCCGUUAAUCCCGGAAAGGAAAAUUGCUUAUUAUUCAAUGAAAUAGAGGGAGCUUUUGUCGGUGGGUUGAAAUCAAUUGAACCAACCCUCGAUUGGUUGAGUCCCAAAGGGGUUUGUGAUAAUUUACAAAGUAAUAAUUCGAUAGAGUCAAAAUUGUUGGAUCCAUUCAUACAGGGUGAGGAGGAGGAGAUAGAUUUGGAAUCAAUUGAACCAAAUCUUCAGUUGUUCAAUCCCAAAGGGGUUAUUGAUUAUUUACGAUGUAAUAAUUCCGUCGAGUCAAGAUUGUUGCAGCCCUUCAGACCGGAGGAGGAGGAGGAUGAGGUGGUGGUGGUGGAGGAGGGGGAGGAGAAGAUUUUCGAUGAAGAGUUUUCUGAGAGAAGCUCGCAACUCGAUGCGUUGCUCAAGCUAUGCGAGGAAGUGGAUGUGGAGAGUAAUAGUAAUGUUUGUGGAGCAGAUAUUUCGGGGUUGAGUGACGACCAGAGGCAGAUUCACACUAAUGAGUGCCUCGACUCAGUGGAGGGUUCGGCUAAUGUGGCUGUGGCUGUAAGUAAUGAUGAUACAAGAACGCAUCAAGGUCCGGGGCAUGUUGUUGAUGGUUCUCCUCUUAAAUCCGCUACGAAGGCCGGUAAUUUAUCUUCUGUUGUAGAAUGGCUACGAAACUUAGGCCUUGCGAAAUACGAAGAGAUUUUCGUAAGUCAAGAGAUUGACUGGGAGGCACUUCAGUGGCUGACAGAAGAGGAUCUAUGUAGCAUUGGCAUUACAACACUUGGUCCAAGAAAGAAAAUUCUGCACGCUAUUAAGGAGCUGAGCAAUGAUUCGACCACGACGGUGGAACCAAAGGCAGAUGUCUCUAAAGUUGUAGCCGACGAGACUAAAUUCGAAACUAAAAAGUUGAUAACCGAUUACUUUUCUGGUCCUCCCUCCGAAAGAAAGAGAGGUGGUGUUGCUACUAAUGGACAAAGUAGUGUUCGUAAAAAUCAGGCAAAUUCUACUCAUAAGAGCGUUCAAAGAAAUGAUCGUUUGAGGAACGGAAAACAGAAGAAUGUCCCUGUGUGGUGUUGCGUACCGGGAACACCAUUUCGAGUGGACGCCUUUAAAUAUCUAAGAAGAGACUGUUCUCAUUGGUUUCUUAGUCACUUCCAUUUAGAUCAUUAUCAAGGACUUACAAAAUCCUUCUGUCAUGGGACGAUAUAUUGUUCCUCGAUAACUGCAAAGCUAGUCAAUCUGAAAAUCGGAAUCCCAUUCGACAAAAUUCAAGUUUUGCCUCUCAACCAAAAGAUCAAUAUUGCGGGAACCGAUGUAACAUGCUUUGAUGCAAAUCACUGCCCAGGUGCAAUCAUAAUAUUAUUCGAACCACCCAACGGCAAGCCUGUACUACACACUGGAGAUUUCCGAUUUUGUGAGGAAAUGGCACAAUUAUCCGUUUUGCAAGCUUGUUCCAUCCACACCCUCAUUCUUGACACAACCUACUGCGAAUCCCAGUACGACUUCCCGAAACAAGAGACCGUAAUCCAAUUCGUCAUCGAUGCCAUCCAAGCCGAAGCGUUUAAUCCAAGAACUUUAUUUUUGAUCGGCAGCUAUACCAUUGGAAAAGAAAGGCUGUUUCUAGAAGUUGCUAGAACUCUCCGGAAGAAAGUCUACGUCACUGCUCCAAAGCUUCGGAUCCUGGAAUGCCUCGGUUUGCCGCGAGAAGACAUGCAGUGGUUCACCACAAACGAACAGGACAGCCACAUUCACGUUGUUCCCAUGUGGACAAUCGCUAAUUUCAAACGACUCAAACACGUUUCUGACCAGUACACGCGGCGGUUUAAUCUGAUAGUUGCUUUCUCGCCGACUGGUUGGUCAUUCGGAAAAGGGAAGAAAUCUACCGGAAAACGAUGGCAGAAGGGAACUGUUAUAAGGUACGAAGUGCCGUAUAGUGAGCAUAGCAGCUUCACAGAGCUGAAGGAGUUUGUUAAGUUAAUUUCACCAGUAAACAUAAUCCCAAGUGUCAAUAAUCAUGGUCCAGAUUCUCAUAGUGCAAUGGUCUCCCAACUCCUGGCUUAAGCAGUUGAGUUAAUUAUCUCUCUCUAUUUAAUUAAUAUUUUUAAGAAAAAAAUAAUUAUAUUUAUUUAAGCAAAUAUUUUAUUGUUGUA